CUGAAUACCAAUCUCCCUGUAUUUCCCAUCUCAACCCUCCCAACACCCUCUUCUGCCCCUCUUUUUCUCAAUCUCCCCUCUCUUACCCUUCCCUCAUCCCCCCCAACCCCCUCUCUCUCUCCUAACAAACUUACCCGCCAAUUCUCUGUCUUCUUGUUCUUUUUUUUCUUUUUUGGGUUUUUUUCAAAUUCUCGUUUACUUCAAUUCAAUCCCCCACAACACCAGUACAAACCCUAAUCCUCACCUUGGUUUGAUUCUGCACCAGAUCGUCCUCUGUUUUCCGACUUCUUCAACUUUUGCUCCAAAUCCAACUCGUUGCCUCCACUUGAAUGUGAAACAAAGAAUUCACUUUUCGGUUUCAUCCAUUUCAGUUCCAAAUAAUCUAUGUAUGGGUGUGGAAUUUGGAGUGGUUUUGGCUUCGAUGUCCUGAUAACAGAAGCUGAAGUUGGUUUCGUUUGGCUUGUUUUGAAAAUUCCAUGUAUGGGUGCCAAAUCUUGUUGGAUUUUGGUUUCAUCACGGAUUUGUGAAAUCAAGAAGCCAUGAUGAAGUAAUAGGAGCAGCUGAAUCUGGUUUUGUUUGGUGUGUACCGGUACUGUUAGAAAGGUGGAAUUUUGAUCUGUCAAUUGUUGGGGCUGAGGAACAAUUGCAGUUUGUAUUUGUUGUUUCAUUUCUUCAAUGGCUAACCGUGAUUUGAUACUUGAGCAAAAUCACAAUUUAGCGCUUGGGAAAAGCCAGCAGUUAGUGCUAGGCCAUAACCACAAUCUGGUUCAUGGCCAGAACCAUGACUUGGAAUUGGGGCAGACCCAGGAGCAUGAUUUGGGUUUGGGAGAGACCCAUGACCAUGAGUUGGGUUUGGGACAUGAUCAUGCCCGUGAAAUGGGUUUAGGAGAGACCCAUGACCACGAAGGUGAUGAUGAUCAUAGCUAUGAUCAUGAAAAUGGAUUAACUACAGAUGAGAAGCCUGAACAUGAAGGCCAUGAAUUGGCUCUUCCAGCACAGAACAAUGAGUUAGCUAUAGCUGAGAACGAUGAAUUGGAUGUUUCUGAGAGCCAAGAACUUGAUGACAAUUUGGAAUUAGUUGUGGAUCAGAACCAAGAAAUGGGGAUUGAACCUGCCGACGACAACAUGAAUGUUCAGGAAUCCCAGCUUGUAGUCACCCCCAUGCCUUUUCUUCAGCAACGUAUCCUUGAUACAAACCCUAGUUAUGAACUGCAUGUUGGCCAAGAAUUCCCUGAUGCCAAGAGUUGCCGAAGGGCACUGAGGGACACGGCCAUUGCCCUUCACUUCGAAAUGCAGACCAUAAAAUCUGAUAAAACUCGCUUUACUGCAAAAUGUGCCAGUGAGGGAUGCCCCUGGCGCAUACACGCUGCGAAGCUUCCUGGUGUUCCAACUUUUACAAUCAGGACCGUUCAUGAAGCUCAUACAUGUGGAGGAAUUGCCCAUCUUGGCCAUCAACAAGCCUCGGUUCAGUGGGUUGCAAACUCUGUAGAGCAACGCCUUAGAGAAAACCCCAAUUGCAAGCCAAAGGAGAUACUGGAAGAGAUUCACCGUGUUCAUGGUAUCACUUUGUCAUACAAGCAAGCAUGGCGGGGUAAGGAGCGGAUUAUGGCUGCCAUGCGUGGAUCCUUUGAAGAAGGGUAUCGGCUCCUUCCACAGUACUGUGAACAAGUUAAAAGGACAAACCCAGGAAGCAUUGCAUCUGUUUAUGAGAAUCCGACAGAUAAUUGCUUCCAGCGUCUCUUUAUUUCAUUUCAGGCUUCGAUUUAUGGGUUUCUGAAUGGUUGUCGGCCGCUCCUUGGGCUUGAUAGGACAUUUUUGAAAAGCAAGUACCUUGGUACUUUACUUCUAGCUACUGGAUUUGAUGGGGAUGGUGCUCUGUUUCCUUUGGCAUUUGGUGUAGUUGAUGAGGAAAAUGAUGAUAAUUGGAUGUGGUUUCUCUCCGAACUUCGUAACCUGCUUGAGGUCAACACAGAGAACAUGCCAAGGCUUACAAUUUUGUCAGAUAGGCAGAAGGGUAUUGUAGACGGAGUGGAAACAAAUUUUCCAACUGCAUUUCAUGGAUUUUGCAUGCGACACUUGAGUGAUAACUUUCGUAAAGAGUUCAAUAAUACAAUUCUUGUUAACCUUUUAUGGGAAGCCGCUCAAGCUCUCACAGUAAUUGAAUUUGAAGCUAAAAUUCUAGAGAUUGAAGAGAUAUCACAAGAUGCUGCCUAUUGGAUUAGACGAAUUCCGCCUCGUCUGUGGGCAACUGCAUAUUUUGAAGGGACUCGGUUUGGUCAUUUGACAGCGAACAUAGUUGAAUCAUUAAAUACUUGGCUUUUGGAAGCCUCUGGGCUACCAAUCGUACAAAUGAUGGAAUGUAUUAGAAGGCAGCUUAUGACUUGGUUCAAUGAACGCCGAGAGACAAGUAUGCAGUGGUCAUCAAUUCUUGUGCCUUGUGCCGAGAGGCUUGUAGCAGAGGCCCUUGAGCGUGCACGCACUUACCAAGUUCUUCGUGCGAACGAAGCUGAAUUUGAAGUCAUAUCUCAUGAAGGUACCAAUAUUGUUGAUAUUCGGAAUCGUUGCUGUCUCUGUCGGGGUUGGCAGCUGUUUGGUUUGCCUUGUUCACAUGCUGUAGCUGCACUUCUUUCUUGCAGACAGAAUGUGCAUAGAUUUACUGAGAGCUGUUUCACUGUUGCAACUUAUCGAAAGACGUAUUCGCAAACUAUACAUCCAAUUCCUGAUAAAACUUUGUGGAAGGAGUUAUCUGAGGGCGAUCCAAAUGCAAUCGAAGUUAUUAUUAAUCCACCUAAAUCGCUUAGGCCACCUGGCCGACCAAGGAAGAAGCGAACACGGACAGACGAUCGUGGCCGCGCAAAGCGGGUUGUGCAUUGUAGCCGGUGCAACCAGACAGGUCAUUUUAGGACUACUUGUGCAGCACCCAUUUAGGUAAUUUGAGUUUUAAACCCUUUCGCUGUCCAUGGAUUUGUAUUAGUUGUGUCUAUAUUGUAUUAUUAUUUAUGGAGGGAGUUCCAUUACGUUAUUAGGUUAGAUUUGCCACGCAGCGAUGUAUGUCAUUUGGCAUUAGUUAAGUUCACUAUUAGCUAUUUCUAUGUGAAGAUGACCUCAAUAAUGCAUUGUUAGGGAGGUUUGAACUCAAUUGUUUUAUAUUUGAGAUUCUUGGAACAGUGGUUUGCUGUAGUUCUACA